AUGCGCUUAUGGCAAGCAUGGGUGUUAUUCCGUUCUCGACCAUUCCAUACUCGCAUCAUUGCGGAAUUCCCGACAUUGAUGGAAAACUUGAUUGAACAAGCUAAGAAAGUAUUGUUCCUAGUGACGAGUACGGUCCUUGACUUGCUUUUAGAAUUCUGUUCAACUUCAGAUUACUGGGAAGCUAGUUUAGCGUCCAAGAUCUUAACCGGUGCUGUAAAGGGGCCCAUCCACAAGAACAUACAGGACCGGGUCAAUCUUAAAAUGACGACGCACAUAGACUGGCACAAGGCAUUGACGCCUCCACUACCGAACCCUCCACCGCCAGCCACCAUCUUAGAUCUUCGGCGAAGGGAGCACGUACAUUCGGGCGAAAGAGCCCCAGAGCGUAUGAGGUUGAGCGGUUGGCGUGGCCCGCCGCUCGAAGCGUCCCUUUCUGGCGACUCGCAGCCUGAAAUCAUUUUGGAUCUGUUUGGUAACGAACGGAAAUGGAUGUCCUUCUGGUUAAUCGAAGACCUAAUGGGAGUAUGUACCUCUUUUGGGCUGAAAUGGUUUCCACAUGGUCCCGCCACUUGUCCUGCCUACAACGGUUCUCCAUUCGGCCUCGGUGCAUAUUCGUCUCAGAGUAGCAUGCUCGGCAUGAAAGACGCUGGGGGCGCAGUCCUCCCUGGCUAA